ACCAAACAACCCGUAGCUACCGAGAUCAAAGAACUCGCAGGAUAUCGAUUCCUCAGCAGCCCGGCGCGCUCCCUCCAACGAAGGAUAUAGCCAUGGCUACCUCGACCGCCGCCGUGCUGUCCCCGCCGUCUGUGGCCGGGCUCCGCCUGGCGCCGUCGCCCCGCGCGGCGGUCUCGUUCCGGGCGGCCCCGGCCACGGCGAGGCGGUCCGUGGCGGCGCGGGCGGCGCUGGAGCCGUCGGUGGUGAUCAGCCUCAGCACGGGGCUGUCGCUCUUCCUGGGCCGCUUCGUCUUCUUCAACUUCCAGCGGGAGAACGUGGCGAAGCAGGUCCCCGCGCAGAACGGCAAGACGCACUUCGAGGCCGGCGACCAGCGCGCCAAGGAGUUCGCCGGCAUCCUCAAGUCCAACGACCCCGUCGGCUUCAACAUCGUCGACGUCCUCGCAUGGGGAUCCAUCGGCCACAUCGUCGCCUACUACAUCCUCGCCACCACCAGCAAUGGAUACGACCCCAGCUUCUUCGGCUGAUCAUAUACCUCUCUCUCCUGCCCGGAGGAGUUUGUUGUAAUCUGUGCAUGUUUGGUUCUACGUGAUGAUCAGUGGUGUCAUGUAUGUGAGAUGGUCAAAGAUUAAUUGAUCCGGACAAGUAGUGCAAGCGCGUCUGUAUAUUAUUGCCACAUGAAUUUUAUUUUUCUCUUUCUCCA